AUGGACCUCCCCACAACUGCCGACAAGGACCACAUACGACAUGGUCUCCGGCUUCUUGAUGUCAAUCAUCACGAGCUGGACUGGCAUGGCAAUUAUUUGACCGACUCCCUACCUCGAGGGGGGCUGAGCCAUCCCAGCGUAGGGCUGCGUACGCCACUGCGAGACAGCCUCGGCUCACUGCCUUCUCCCAUCAGCAGUAUCGGAGCAUCUUCCUGGUCAACCGAUGGUUACGUACCAUCUACAAAUUUCAAGUCCGGCCCCUCACAUAGACAGCUCCGGACAAGUCUACCCAGAGAUCAACAGCCGCCGACAGGUCGAUCACUGCGCCACAUCGCCUCCAACAUGUCUCAACACAGCCUUUAUCCUGCACCGACCGGGCCUCUUCCUCCCAUCCCGCCUUCCAAGAGUACUGUACGACGGCACUAUUCUACCGACUCCCAUAGCCUGUCAUCUAUUAGCACCACCCGCUCGUCGCGGUCGAAUUUCCAUGGAAGUUAUACAGAGGCCGCCCUGCCUAGUCCAGUCACGACUACAUCGCCCAAUUUUGCGGCCCCGAAAGGCACGGAGGGAUAUGGUUCAUUUCCGGACCGAGUCGGCCCACCUCUAUAUAGGCCCUUGAGCCAACGAUCAAUGCCGAAGCCUUCUAGUCUUCAUUUCUGGAAGGAUCUUGUUUCCGACGACAAAAAAGUGAACAAUAGCGUCCACUAUCUGGACAUAUCACCAAGCGCGACUGUUCUUGCCAGCAAACAUGGGCAUAAUUUAGUAAAGGUGUGGUCCUUGGCCAGCGGCGAGCUUCAAAAUGUCAUCAAAUUCUCGUCUUACACGGAGGCGAAAUCCCGCUCCAGGGACUACAUGAUUCGCAGUCACGCCAUUCUUUCCGAAGCAUCCACCUUGAUUGCGAUAGCUACACGCUUCGGCCGUUCUAUUUCCAUAUUUGAUUGGACAAGAAGAAAAUCCAUUCAGUCCAUUGGAGAUGCUGACAGAUGGACCGCUGGCCGCUUUGACAUGUUCGACGGGGGGCGAUGCCCGCUGGCGAUAUACCGGGCAGAGUCUGCGACAAUUGAUGUCUACCUGGCGACGCAAGAGAAGAAGAAGCCGCUUUAUAAACAGUGCUCAAUUGAGCUGGCCAAAGCCGGGCUCCCGUUUACUCCUAUCCUCCCCGAGUUGGCUAUUUCAGCAACAAGCCCACUCGUGGUUGCCGCGGCAGGACCGAGACCUCCGAUUGCCGGCCAUCCUCCCCCGAAAAGAGAGACUCUUCUCGUCGCAUGGGAAAUCUCGGACCAAGCCAAUCCCGAAAAUAAGCCCUAUCGAGUCGCGCGUCCGUGGCAACACUCGGAGCUUGACACUGCUAUCCCCAUUGACCUGGUCACGUAUGGUAGUGUCGUUGUAUCUAUUUGGAUACCCGCCAGCUUUCGCGCCGUCCCUGUUCCAGCGUCGCGGAAAGGCUCGGGGUACAAUUUAACAUCUGUCAAAGUGCCGCUUCGCCACGUGCUCGUCUGGGAUCUAUCCGCCAACUCGACCCGAACAUUUGCCAUUCCAAAUUGCAUUUCGUGCAUCUCUCCAGACUGUCGACUAGUGGCCUACUGCGAUGCUUCGGGAGCUGAAAUCGGUGCUAGGGGCUCGGUUGUCAUCCUCGAUGUGAUAACGGGGGACGAGGUUUGGUGCUGGCCGGACCGGAAUGCAAUCAACGCGCGAAAUAGCUUUGACUCUGGAUUCCGACAGUUCCACGACCUAGGCAGAGUUACUGAACUUUCAUUUUCGGCGGAUGCUCGUUUCUUGGUUGUUGGAGACGGUGGAGGACGCAUGGGAGUGUACGAUGUGCGGGCGUCAAACUAG